GCGUGCAGGUUGGGUAUAAUGUGACCAUGGGUGCAAGGGAGAACAAUCAGUGGUGUUCCAGUGCUUUGUGGCGGAGAGAGAUGACAGGAGUGGGCAGCACAGUAUAAAGAGGAGCUACAAGGAUCACACACAAUAUUUCACAGUGGCUGUCCAUUCUUGUAUGUGAUCACCUUUAUAAUGGAGAAAGCUGCACUGCUGCUGUUUUAUUGCCUGCUCACGUCUACAUCAGGAUACCCACUAUACCCAUCCAUCAGGUUUGGCCAGAGGGACAUGUCGAUCCUAAUGACAUCAUCUCUAAAGAAUCCACUGCAGCUUGAAGACACAAGUUCUUCCCAAGAGAGUGCAGAGUUACGCUUGGCUCGCCAUGCAGACGCCAUCUUUACAAACAGUUAUAGGAAAGUGUUGGGCCAAAUCUCUGCCAGGAAGUUCCUUCAGACCAUCAUGGGCAAACGUCUCGGAGACGAAAGUGCGAGUUUUAUGAAACGCCAGUCCGAUGUGUAUGAAGGAACAUAUAAAGAGGAUAUGACAUCCAUCCAGAGCAAUCAGAGGUACGGGAGGACUUCGUGAAAUGGCGUCAGACGACGGAGUGAAGCAGACACACACUGUGCUCCUUCUCACACGCAUCACACCUUGUUGUCCCUGACGAAAAGAAUAUGAUCAGGUUUUUUUUGUGUAAUUUUCAGAAGAAAACACAACAAUUGUGGUGCACAAUAAUAAUAUUGUACGUGUGUUUUUUUUUUUUUGUAUUGACCAAAGGGAACGGAAUUGGCAUCAAAGUGUUGUAAACAUUUGCUGGCCUAAUAAUAAUAUAAAUAAAAUAAGACAGGGGUGUCCAAACUUGUUUCCUUUCGGUGGCACUUAAUAUAUAUUUUAUACAGUAGGGAAGGGUUUAAUCAUUUUGCAAUGCAGUCUGCUGAAAA